GACUCCUUGUAAGCUUGGCAACGAAGGAAACGAACCCGAACGGAAGAAACUUCGAAAACGACCCCCAAAUGCCCAAACAAUCUGUAAAAUCUGCACCACUGCUCAUAUAAAGGUGGACUCGUACAACAACCCAAAUUCUCUCUGUAAUUUCUGUCUCAUUGGAUGGCUUGAUUGUCUCGCUUCGUCUCCGGAAGGGAUUUGCGGAAGCUUGAGAAGACGAGUGAGCUUCCAUAGCUUUCUCGAGCCGAUUGAGGGUUUUGUUUACUCCUACUCUUUCUUGGCGUUCAUCGCGUGUGCGUGAAGAUGAUGCUGAGUUUUUCAGACCCGUCAAAGCUUAAAACUAAACGGAUUGUAUUUGAAGAUGUAAUCGCAGCACGCGAUUCUGCUACACUUGAGCAUUUGAAGGAGUUGAGCUCCAAGCGCAGAGUACUUGAGGAGUCUAUUAAUCAGAGCAGAUUUAUAACAGAGGCUAUUGCUAGAGAAAUGUCUGGGGGUUCGACUUCUCAUUGUCAACAAGUCCUGCACAAAUUGGAGCAGUAUUUGCCAUUGCUUGAAAAUUUCAUAUCUCAUGUAGAUUUGGUUAGUAGCAACAGCCAUAUGGUUAAGUGGAUUCCAGAACUCAAGAUACGAUGGAGUAGUGCUCUUGGCUCAUCAUCUUUAUUUAGUCUCAUGGGUCCAAAGUUUUUUCAAAUUGAUAAUGUGAGGUUUGAGCUUGGUAUGACCCUCUUUUUUUAUGGAUCAAUUCUUCGGGAGAGAGCUUCAGAGUUUCUGCCAUCUGAUUUGGUGCAAUCUGCUGCCCUCUUCAGAAAAGCUGCUGGGAUUUUUCAUUACCUGGGGCAUGAGGUUCUUCCCUCUUUUCAGGCUACAUUAUCCAAUGAUAAGCCACCUGAAGCUACCCCAUCUUUGUCGGCUGCUAUGAGCUUAAUUUGUUUGGCUGAGGCACAGGCUGCAACUAUAAGGAAGGCUGAAGAAAGAGGUAGCAUUGGUGUUCUCGAAAAGCUACACCAUGGUGUUGCAGAGUUUCUUGCUGAGGCCACGCAUGCUUUAAAUUCAGCAACAGGAGAGCACAAAGCUCUCUCUUCAAGACUUUUGGAAUUCCUUUCAUCAUGCAAAGCUCUACAUGAGCUGCAAAGCCAAAAAUACCUAGCACAAGGUCUCAAGGUUGAUGGCCGAGUUGGGCUUGCUGUUGGAGUUCUCAGUGAAGCAUUGAUCAAUGUGAAAAAGAAUCUACCAGGGGAAGAUUCAUGGAGAUCUAUAUUCAGGAAAGAAAUUGAUGCUGUGGAAGAUAUUCUGAGGAAGUUUGAACAUGAAAAUGAAUUUGUUUGGCACGAGAAGAUACCUCCUAGACAUGAGUUGCCAUUACCCCAAUGUUGCAAACUUGUGCGCCCAGAACCGUAUCAGCCCGAAAGAUGGGAGAGAGAACUUGCUUUUAAGAUAUAAGCAAAUAUAUGAAGAGGAAGUUUGUGUGGUAUUUCUCGUCUUAUUUUUUGGGAAGCAAGGGAAAUCAAGCUCUGUUCUUCCUUUCGUUUUUUCUUGCACGAUGCUAUAAAUUCUUCUGAAAAGAUGUAAUUGCUUGUGUCCAGAGAUUGCUGAAGGUCUAUACCUCUCACACAGGGCUAUCCAAUUGUAGAGACAAAAAUCAUUUGUAAAUUGCAACAGUUGGUCUGCAUCAAAGGUGGAUUGGUUCUGGAUUUCAUCAUACGAUUCUCAGUUCUUGUCUUUCCAGGUUUAAUUGUACAAACUCAUGAUCGUAUAUUGUAUUGGAAAUUUGGCAUUUUCAAGCAAAUAUGCUUGCAUGAAUAUUCUUUCUUUUGGAUUA